AUGUCUAAAAAUCCAUUCUAUAACGAUAAUGAUGUUCCUAUUUCCAACAAGGAUGAUGAUGAAAUUUUAAAAUUAUUUGGUCCAAAGCAAAUGUUUCAACAACAACCUCAACAACAACAACAGCAUGAUGAUCACUUGUUGUUAUGGAAAUUCUCGGACGGUUCUUCGAACACCUUUUAUGUUCGUCGUCAGCAAGAAAAUAGCAACAACCAUUAUGUAUUGAUCUAUGAUCCAAUUAGUCCAAUUUUCAGUUCUUCUGGAUCCUAUUCUGGAGGAAAACCUUUUCAAAAAGAACUUUCUGCCAAAGAAUUCAAAGAAUUGGAUGAUGCCUUUGAAAUGAUGAAAAAUUCGACUCAAUAUCACUGUCCUCAUCGAGAAAUGGGUACUGGAGUGUUUACGAAAGGUUCCACUACAUUCAUUAUGAGUAUGGGAAGUUUUAGUAGUUUUGAACAAUUAAUUAGAAAGUACAAUGUUGAUACUCCACAUCAUAUUUCCAUGUAA